CCCCUGCCCGUCCCCCUCUGCCCUCAGUCUGCUCGGUGCUGGGUCCCGGCGGCUGCUCAAACUUUGUGUGGCCCUCGGCGCAGAAUGGGGCCCCCGACAAGACUGCUGUGCGUGCUGCUGCUACUCCAGGUGGCGCACAGUUCCCGCGUUUUGGAUGAGGUGUAUUUCCCAGAGUCAGACACACGGACGGGAAGUCACAGAUGGAGCUAUGGAGACCUGGCAGACGACGAGGAUUUUGUGGCGGACGAGGCCUCAGGAGAUGAUAACGGGAGCUCUGAGAUCGGCAGCGGAAACGUGGCUUCGGAACUAGAGAAACCAACACAAGCACCCUACGCUACAGGUAUUUACACCUCCCCGAUAGUGCCCCAGCUGGCGGGUAUGAGUGUAUCGGAGCAGGACCCAGAGCCCUUUCUCAUCUAUUACAGAGCGCUGGUGAAUUUCACCCAAUCCGUGGAAUAUUCCCCCAAUUUGGACAAUGUGUCGUCGGAUGAAUUUCGGGAUUUGUCAGAGGCCGUUGUUGACACGCUGGAAUCCGAGUAUCAGAGAAUUCCUGGAGAGCAAAUGGUCAACGUCGUAUACGUCAAGCUUAUUGAUGGAUACGUAUUCGUAGAACUUGACGUGGGCUCAGAGGGUAAUGCCAAUGAUGCCCAGAUCCGGCAGGUGCUCUACUCUGUGAUUGAAGGUGGAUCCAUCGCCUCGUAUGUAACAUCCACGCAGGGAUUUCAGUUUCGCCAUCUCGGAUCAGCACAAACCCCACCAUCUCCAGUGGGGAUGGCGCUGCCAGUCACUCCCACCGUGCGUUCCUGCACAGACUCAGAGUUCACCUGUGGCAGCGGAACAUGUAUCCCACUGGAGUUUCGCUGUGACCAGCGGCAUGACUGCCAGGACAUGUCAGACGAGGAUGGAUGUGAGGUCUCCACUCCUCCGGUUCCAAGAAUAACAACUGCGUCAGUUCCACGUACGAUCCCUUACACAACGAGACCGACUGUUACUGCAACACCUCCUCGCGUAUUCACUCGGCCUCCGGUCUACACCACCAGUACAGUCAAACGUCCUACCCCAAAACCAGGUCUUGAUCUUGAGCCACGUCAGUGUCGGCGGGAAGAGGCUCGGUGUCCCAACGGACAGUGUAUCCCCAGAGAUUAUCUGUGUGACGGGGAGAAAGACUGCACGGAUGGCAGCGACGAGCUGAGCUGUGGAACUCCUUCUCCUUGCGAACCCAAUGAAUUCAAAUGCAAAAAUGGCCGCUGUGCCUUGAAGCUUUGGCGCUGUGAUGGUGACAACGACUGUGGAGAUAACUCAGAUGAGCUGAACUGCCCCACAAAGGGACCAAGCGAUGCAUGUGCCCCAGAUCAGUUUGUGUGCGUGGGCUCCCGUACCUGCAUUCCUGCCAGUUACCAGUGUGACGAGGAGGCCGACUGCCCUGACCGCUCCGACGAAGUUGGCUGCAAUCCUCCCCAAGUCAUCACACCUCCAGAGGAGAGCAUCAUGGCUUCCAGAGGGGAUACCGUGCGUUUCACUUGUGUAGCCAUUGGAGUACCCACUCCCAUCAUCACCUGGAGAUUGAACUGGGGUCACAUUCCCACCAGUAGCAGAGUCUCAAUGACCAGUGAGAAUGGACAUGGUACCCUAAUAAUUCGGGAUGUAAAGGAAGCGGACCAAGGAGCUUACACUUGUGAAGCAAUCAAUGCUAAGGGCAUGGUCUUUGGAAUUCCAGAUGGAGUCCUGUCCCUAAAGCCAAGCAGAGGCCCCUGUCCAGAGGGAACAUUUCACAUCGAAAGCACAUCCAAGUGCGUCCCCUGCUUUUGUUUUGGGAUCACCAAGAUCUGCCACCACACGGGGCGUUAUAGAAGUCAGAUCCGCCUGAGGUUUGACAUACCUGAUGAUUUCAAAGGGGUGAAUGUUACGGCACCGGCACACCUGGGAAUCCCCCCAUUGUCCUCGAAUCAGCUGCAGAUCGAAGCAAGCGAGGAAGAGUUUCAGCUGGUGGAUCUUUCACGAAGAUUCUUGAGUCAGGAGUCCUUCUGGAGGCUCCCUGCACAGUUCCUGGGGAACAAGGUUGACUCCUAUGGGGGAACUCUAAGCUUCAAGGUUCGUUAUGGGUUAACUCGUGGUCAGUCUGAGCCGGUGAGAAGACCUGACACGGUUCUAAUAGGAAAUGGGCAAAAACUGAUCUACCGCAUCCAGACACCUACCCAGCCAUCCGUUGUGAACCAGCGCACCAUUUAUUUCGCUGAGGAGAACUGGAUUCACGAGUCUGGGGCUCCAGUGACUAGGGAGGAACUCAUGAUGACGCUGCAGAACCUGGAAGGCAUCAUGAUCCAAACGGUUUAUGACAACAAGAUGGCGAGCGUGGGAAUUGCAGACAUUGUCAUGGACACAACAUCUGUGGAGUAUAGCCAGCUGGGCAUUGCCACAGGCGUGGAGGAGUGCAGAUGUCCAGGCGGUUACUCUGGCCUUUCUUGUGAGGUCUGUGCUGCGCAGUUUGAGCGAGUUCCCGGAGGACCAUUCCUCGGCACCUGCUCUGGCUGCAACUGCAACGGCCAUGCCACCUCCUGCAAUUCUGAGACCGGUUAUUGUGUGAACUGUCAGCAUAACACGGAGGGGCCGCAGUGUAACAAGUGCAAGGCUGGCUUCUUCGGCGACCCCACCCGAGGUACUCCUGAUGCUUGCCGGCCAUGCCCCUGCCCGCACACCGACUACAGGCGCAGGUAUUCUGACACAUGCUUCGUGGACACGGAUGGGCAGCCCACAUGUGAUAAUUGUCUCCCAGGUUACACUGGACGUCGAUGUGAGAAAUGUGCAGCAGGGUAUGAGGGGAAUCCCAUGCAGCCAGGAGGCCGGUGCGAGCCCAGCAGUGCGGGACCCCUGGAGGAGUGCGAUAAGAGGGGCAGCGCAUCCUCAUCCGGCCAAACUUGUAUCUGUAAGUCACACGUGUCCGGGGGGCGCUGCAAUGAAUGUAAAGGCGGCACCUUCUACCUCAGUGAAAGGAAUGCAGACGGCUGUCUGAAAUGUUUCUGCAUGGGUAUCACCAGGCAGUGCUCUAGCUCCUUCUGGAACCGAGACCAGGUCCGCUCCACCUAUGACAGCCAUGAAAGGGUGCCCUUCACCAUUUCGAAUGCAGCCAGCACCAGAACGUUCACUGACGGUAUCAGUGUCUCCGGCCCUUCAGAGCUCACAUUUGGGAAAUUCAGCAGCAUUCCCCCUGAUGUGUAUUUCUGGGUCCUGCCCGAACGCUUCAAAGGAGAUAAAGUGACAUCCUAUGGUGGGGAGCUGCGCUACACCAUCACAUAUGAGUCCCGCCUGGGUUCCCAGCCCCUGUACAGUCAGCCAGAUGUGGUGCUGCAAGGAAAUGGGAUCUUCCUGGAACACUUUGCAAACAUCAGGAUGGUACCUGGAUUCCCCAUCACUGUAGUUGUGCCAUUCCGAGAGGACUCGUGGCGUCGGACAGAUGGUCAGGAUGCCACACGAGAGCACCUGUUAAUGGCUUUGGCAGAUAUUGAUCUCCUGAUGAUCCGGGCAUCCUACGCAGACAGCAUGGCAGAGACCAGGAUCUCAAAUAUACACAUGGAUAUUGCUGUACCACACACAACAGGCCUGCAGCGAGCAGUGGAGGUGGAGCACUGCGUCUGUCCCCCUGGUUACGCUGGGCCCUCGUGCCAGGACUGUGACAUUGGCUAUACACGAUCCACCAGUGGCCUCUACCUUGGCACCUGCGAACGCUGCCAGUGUGGUGGUCACUCCACUGAAUGUGACGGAGAGACAGGAGAGUGCCUGAAUUGCCAGCACAACACGGAGGGUGCCAAGUGUGAGCGCUGCAGGCCUGGCUUUUAUGGCGAUGCCACUAGGGGGAGCCAAGGAGACUGCCAGCCUUGCCCCUGCCGUGGAACUUCCAGCCAGUACUUUGGAACAUGCUUCCUGGACACAGACGGGUACCCUACAUGUGACUCCUGUCCAUCGGGCUACGCAGGACGUCAGUGUGAAAGAUGUGCUCCCGGUUACAGGGGUGAUCCGGCACGUGGCCAGCCCUGCACAGUGGAUUCUGGCCUUGGCUGUAGAUGCGAUCUCAGAGGAAGUGUAACAGGCACAUGUGACUCCCGGGGACAGUGUCAGUGCAAGCCUUAUGUGGAGAGUCCUUCCUGCAGCACCUGCCGCCCCAACCACUUCUACCUCAGUGCUGAUAAUCCAGAAGGCUGUCUGCCUUGCUUCUGCAUGGGGGUCACCCAGACAUGCACAAGCUCCAGAUACCACCGCGAACUGAUUACCAGCCCCUUCCUCCCUGGGAACUUCCAAAACUUUGCUCUGGUGAACAGACAGCAUAGCACCCGGAUCAGCACUGGAUUCACAGUGGAGAUGUCAAGCCAUGGACCACAGCUGAGCUAUGACCAGUUUGACCAGCUGGGUCAGGAGACAUACUUCUGGCAGCUGCCAGAGGGAUAUCAGGGGGAUAAGAGGGAGAUGUACUAUGCUCGGAUACGUCGGGCUCAUAAGAAUGAAUCAUCCCUGACGGAGGAGGAGUUGCGGAAGAGAGUAGCAAUUGGGGACACGCAUUCUGACAUGCACUCUCGUGUCAGACGUCAGGCGAAGAUGAAUGAAAAGCAGAAAAAAAUUGACAGUGAAAUCUGGAGCCUUCUGUCUAGCUUUUCAUCGAAUCAUUCAUCACCUCCUGAAGAUUCUUCUACAAGUCCAAAAAUACUGCAGGAAUCGCCUGCUGCCGUUUCAUCUGCUUUAGUUGCUGCCCCAGGUCCCCCCUCUCCUCAUGGGUCUCAUAACCCAACACGGCACCACUCAAAAUCUAGGCCAUCCUCAGGAGCCUCUUCUCGCUCCUUCCCUCCAGUCGGUCCUCCCGGGCAGUACCACAGGCCACCCACCCAUCAGGCUCCGAGAGGAGAUUCUCCCCAGACACCAGCUUUGGAUUCCACCAACCUCCUCUUCUCUAGAAACACACGGCUGAGGGAUGCAGAAAAGUAUUCUCUUAUCUACAAGGGCUUUUCUCUUCUCCCUGAAGGCAUUUUCUACUGGCAGCUGCCUAAAGCUUUUACUGGGGACAAGGUGGCGUCUUACGGUGGGAAACUUCGCUAUACAUUAAGCUACAAGGCAGGAAUCAGAGGGACCCCACUGGUCGAUGCUGAUGUUCAGAUCAUGGGUAACGACAUCACAUUGGUCUCCUAUCAGCCUGAGCUACGUCCCCGCGAAAGCCAUACCUAUGAGGUUAUAUUCAGAGAGCAUCAGUGGAAACGUCCUGACGGGCGGCAGACCACUCGGGAGCAUCUGAUGAUGGCUCUGGCUGAUCUGGAUGAGAUUCUUAUAAGGGCCUCAUACUCCACGGACAUGAUAUCUGCCAGUAUCACAGGCGUCAGCAUGGAGACUGCAGGGCCAUCAUAUACGAGCUUGCCACAGGCGUUAGAGGUUGAAGAGUGCCGCUGUCCUCCUGGAUACCAAGGACUUUCCUGUCAGGAUUGUGCUCCUGGCUACACACGGACCGGUGGCGGCCUUUACUUGGGUCACUGUGAGCCAUGCGACUGUAACGGACACUCGGAGACCUGCCAUCCGGAAACUGGUUCUUGCUCUAAUUGCCUACACAACACAGCUGGGGAGUUCUGUGGCCAGUGUGCGCCAGGGUUUUAUGGGGAUGCCACCGCUGGGACCCCGGAGGACUGCCAGCCUUGCGCAUGUCCAUUAACUGAUCCAGAGAAUCAAUUUUCUAGAACCUGUGAAACUCUGAGUGCUGGUGGGUAUCGGUGCACAGCAUGUCCGACGGGAUACACUGGACAGUACUGUGAAAGAUGUGCCCCCGGCUACACAGGAAAUCCCAACAUCCGUGGACAGAAAUGUGUUCCUGAGGGCCACCAAACUAACCUCGUAGUGAGGAUCCAUCCACAAAAAGCCACGGUCUCCCAGGGGGGUGAUGUGACUCUACGGUGCCAGGUGACUGGAAAUCCUCCUCACUAUUUCUACUGGUCUCGAGAGGAUGGACGUCCACUGCCUGGCAAUGCCAAGCCAAGAGAGAAAGGAGAGCUGCACUUCUCUGGAGUACAACCUUAUGAUUCUGGUAUUUACAUCUGUACCUGCCGCAAUCUACAGUUCGCCAAUACCAGCAAAGCAGAGAUCGUUGUUGCUGCUGCCCCCAGUAAGCCUAUCACAGUGACCGUAGAAGAACAGAGGACCCAGAAUGUUCAGCAAGGUUCAGACGUCACCUUUAUAUGUACAGCAAAAAGCAAGUCUCCGGCCUACACGUUGGUAUGGACACGGCAGAACAAUGGCAAGCUUCCCGACCGCGCAAUGGACUUUAACGGCAUCCUUACCAUCCGCAAUGUGCAGCCUGAGGACGCCGGGAUUUACAUCUGCACCGGCUCCAACAUGUUUGACAUGGACGAAGGCAAUGCCACACUCUAUGUUCAAGAGACGUCUCAGACCCAGAUGUUUUAUGGACCAUAUGAAACGUUUGAAGGACACAGACCGUCCGGAGCAGGAGUCCAUCCCUCAGCUUUUAUUGAACCCAGGCAGCUUACUGUUCAACGUGGUCAACCAGCAGAAUUUCGCUGCACAGCAACUGGAAACCCAACUCCAACACUAGAGUGGACAGGUGGACCAAACGGAGCUUUGUCUUCCAGAGCCAUUAUCCAAGGAGGCAUCCUACGUUUUACAUCUACAGAGCCUUCUGAUGAGGGCCAAUAUACCUGCCACGCACGCAAUAGUGCAGGACAACACCUUGCCAGGGCGGAUCUCAGAAUACACAGUGGGAGCUUGCCAGAAGUACAAGUGAGCCCUGAGCGUGUAGAAGCCAGGGAAGGGGACACUAUCCGAUUAUACUGUAGGGCAGGCGGCAGUCCACCUGCUACCAUUUCAUGGAAGAAACAAGAAGGCAGCUUGCCCUCACAGGCCCUCAGCUCAUUUGGCUUCCUUCACUUUCAAAGCAGCAGUCUUGAAGCUCUUCGGAGACGUAUCCAGGAGCUCCAGGCCCGUACAGAGCGGUCGGAUAUCUCCACCCUUGUGAUUCCCUCCAUAACAGCGGCUGACGGAGGAAUCUAUCUGUGUGUGGGGAGCAGCUCUGCUGGAUCGUCACAAGCCAGAAUAGAAGUCAUUGUGACCAGAGUUGUCGUCCCUGCGUUGAGAAUUGAACCAUCAUCAGACAGAAUAGUUGAAGGCCAAUCCGUGGAUUUAAAUUGCGUGAUUCCCGGUUACGAAAAUGCCGUGGUUACAUGGCACAGGUCAGGAGGACGCCCACUUUCUCCAAAUCACCAGGUAUCCGGUUCACGUUUGCGCAUUACGCAAGCCUCCACAGCUGAUUCCGGGGAAUACAUAUGUCGUGUCACUAGUGGUGCUGGCACACAGCAGACUUCAAUCUAUAUCACCAUAACCCGUGUUUCGGGUCCACCGCCUUCAGGCAGCUCUCCUGCUGUGAAGAUUGAAUCCUCGUCCAAUGCUAUUAUUGAAGGACAAACACUAGAGCUGAACUGUGUGGUUGCAGGACAACCGAAUGCUGUGGUUACGUGGCAUAGAUCAGGGCGUCCCCUCUCACCCAAUCACCAGGUUCAUGGCUCUCGUCUGCGGAUUGUCCAAGCCUCUGUGGCAGACUCUGGUGAAUACAUCUGCCGUGCCACAUCUGCAGGAGUCACACGCCAGGCAUCUGUUACUGUCACCAUUAUCCACGGCUCGGGCCCAGUUUCUGGAAUUACGCCGACAAUCAAGAUCGAGUCUUCAUCUGAUUCCGUGGCAGAAGGAAAGACUGUUGUUUUGAACUGUGUUGUUGAGGGUCAGCCACAACAACAGGUUACGUGGUACCGACCAGGAAAGCAACUCGCCCAGAAUCACCAGGUCUCUGGCUCCCGGCUACGAAUUAUCCAAGCAUCUCCGUUGGAUUCUGGAGAGUACAUUUGCCGUGUCAGCAGCAGCUCAGGUGUCCAGAUGGCAUCCAUCACUGUGGAUAUCGAAGGCUCCCACCAACGCAUCCCUAGUUCUCUCUGGAUUGAGUCGUCCUCACAGACUACAGUGGAAGGUCAGACGGUGGAUCUUACCUGCAAGGCUGAAGGACAUCCAGGAGCUUCUGUGAUCUGGCUCAGGGCUGGUGGACGUCCUCUCUCAUCAAAUCACCAGGUUUUUGGCUCCCGGAUGCGCAUUACUCAGGCAUCUCCAGCUGACUCGGGAGAGUACAUCUGCCGUGUAAGCACAGCCUCUGGGAUACAAGAGGCCUUCAUCACCUUAACCAUACAGAGGUCCUCACAAGCUCCUGUAAACAUACCGUUGCCUGUAGUUAUAGAGAAAUCCUCCGAUAAGGUGGUCGAAGGUCAAACUCUGGAUCUAAACUGUGUGAUAGUAGGGAAUCCACUAGCCCAAGUUACCUGGAGCCGUCUUGGAUCUGAAUUAUCUUCCAACCACCAGAUCUCAGGCUCCCGUCUUCGCAUUGCCCAAGUUUCUACUGCUGAUUCUGGUGAAUAUAUCUGCCAGUACAACAGUGGCUCGGGAGUCCAAAAAGCCUCGGUUGUCAUUACCGUUAUUUCAGGAGCUGCCUCAUCCUAUCGGCUCCAAAGUCCAGUUAUUUCUAUUGACCCACACACUGCCACAGUACAACAGGGGGGGAACGCUACCUUUAAGUGCCGCAUCCAUGAUGGCGCUCAGCCAAUCCGUAUUACCUGGCAAAUGGCCCAUAACCAACCUCUACAAGAAGGUAACGUGCACAUCAGUCCCGAUGGCUCCAUUAUCACCAUCAUUGGUGCUCACCAUAAGAACCAGGGCUCGUACCGCUGCAUGGCUUCUAAUGUCUAUGGAUCAGCCCACAGUGCCGUGACUCUCAUGGUACAAGGUCGUCCAACAGUCUCUGUGAUUCCAAACGGACCCAUCCGGGUGAAAGUGGGUGAUCCGAUCACUUUGGAAUGUAUGGGUAUGGGUGACCCCCGGCCUUUGGUCAGCUGGCGCCGCACAAGCUCUCGGCAAGACCUCAAGCAGCAGAACCUGGUGCCACUGGACAGUAACGCCAUACUACAGAUUUUAUCUGCAAGAUCAGAAGACUCAGGAUCGUACACGUGUGUUGGCCAGAACCCAUCGGGUUCCACACAAGUCCAGGUAGAGGUUCACGUGGAGGAUCGUGUGGUGAGCCCCAGUGCUCCCAAGGUCACUGCAGACGAGCCCGUUCACAUUGUGGUGGCUGGGCAGAGCGCCACCCUGACAUGUACUGCUACAGGAAACCCGGCUCCAACCAUAACCUGGUCCAAACUUCGUGCUCCCUUACCUUGGCAGCACCAGGUGGUGAACAACACUCUGAUUAUUCCCAAUGCUGCCCAGCAGGAUUCUGGACAAUAUAUCUGCAAUGGCUCUAACACAGACGGAUACGCAGAGGUUUUCAUAACCCUGGAUGUUGAAACGCUGCCUUAUGCUACCACCCUUCCUGACGAGCUGUCGGUGAGUGUUGGAGAGGUUAUCCAAAUCCAGUGCCUAGCACAUGGUACUCCUCCACUCAAGUUCCAUUGGACCAAGGUCAACGGAUCUCUGCCAGACAGAGCCACAACGCGUGACAGCAUCCUGCACAUCAAUUUAGCAACCGCUGCGGAUGCUGGAACCUACCGCUGUGCGGUGAGCAACAAAGUGGGGAGCAGCGAGGCAUCUGCACAGGUCAGCGUUUUAGCUCCAUUUUCUGUGCGAGUUUCACCCCAUGCUGACACAAAAGGUGUAAAUGGAAUUGCAGAGUUUACCUGCCAUGUAAUUGGGGAUCCAAGGGCUAGAAUACAGUGGAUGAAAGAAGGAGGUCCACUUCCACCAAAUCACAAAGUGCAAGGAUCGGUGCUUCGAAUUUCAAACCUUGAGCGUGGAAACGAAGGGGUGUACACAUGCCGAGGAAUCAGUCGAUUUGGCCAGGCUCAAGACAGCGGGAAGCUGGUUAUUCAAGCUCUUCCCAAAGUGAGAAUUAAUAUCCGCACAUCGGUGCAAACGGUACUGGUUGGAAAUUCUGUGGAGUUUGAAUGUCUGGCCAUUGGCGACCCUCAAGCCAAAGUUACCUGGAGUAAAGUCGGCAGCCGCUUGCCCCCUGAUGUACUGAUCAGCGGGGGCAUGCUAAAGAUCGAGCAAGUAAAGCAGUCUGAUGCUGGUCAGUACCGCUGUACCGCUGCCAACGAUGUUGGAGAAGUCCAGUCUCACGUCAUUCUCCACGUGCAGUCCGUUCCGCAAAUUGCUGCUCAGCCUGAGAUGAAGGAGAUAACAACUGGAUCAACAGCCAUAUUCCCAUGUCUGGCUUCUGGUUUUCCGGUCCCUGAAAUCACAUGGACCAAGCUGGAAGGAGAUCUUCCUAGUGAUGCUCGAAUUGAGAACAAUGUGUUAACCCUACUGUCUGUGAGACCCGAGGAUGCCGGGACGUACGUCUGUACUGCAGCCAACCGCCAGGGCAGAGUCACUGCCUUCUCGAUGUUGAAAGUUCGAGAACGGAUCAUGCCUUACUUUUCUGGCCGGCCCAAGUCUUAUUUCACUCUGCCAAGUAUUAAAGAUGCGCAUAAGAAAUUUGAGAUAAAGCUCACUUUCCGGCCGGAUACUGCUGACGCUCUGGUUCUUUAUUCAGGGAUGCUGAUUUAUAGUGGGCAGAAGAAGACUAGCGGGGCUGAUUUUGUCUCUUUUGGACUGGUGGGCGGCCGGCCGGAAUUCAGAUUUGAUGCAGGAUCGGGAAUGGCCACUAUUCGUUAUCCGACACCUUUGACGCUUGGCGAGUUCCAUACUGUUACCCUCUACAGAAACCUGACUCAGGGGUCAUUGGUAGUAGAUCAGCAAGCUCCUGUAAAUGGGACAUCACAGGGCAAAUUCCAAGGCCUUGAUCUGAAUGAAGAGCUAUUCCUCGGGGGAUAUCCUAAUUAUGACGCCAUCUCUAAGACCGGCUUGAACACUGGAUUUGUUGGUUGCGUUCGACAAUUGAUCAUCCAAGGUGAAGAAGUGAUUUUCAAGGACCUAGACUUAAAAUCAAGUGGAAUCUCCAACUGCCCAACUUGUAGAGAUCAACCGUGCAAGAAUACUGGAACUUGUCAAGAUACAGAAAACAACUACGUGUGUUUGUGUCCUCCUGGUUUCGCUGGAAGUAACUGUGAACACUCGCAAGCCCUACAUUGCCACCCAGAUGCCUGUGGUCCUGAUGCAACCUGCAUUAACCGAGCUGAUGGCCGGGGAUACUCAUGCCGCUGCCACCUGGGCAAAUCUGGAGACAAAUGCAUGGAAGGUGUCAUGGUGAAUACCCCAUCGUUUAAUGGACAGUCCUCCUACAUCUCCUACCCUCCUCUCACUAACAUCCACAAUGAGCUACGAGUCGAUCUGGAAUUUAAACCCCUGUCUCCUGAUGGUCUUCUUUUCUUCAGUGGAGGGAAAGCUGUCCCUGUAGAGGAUUUUGUGUCCAUUGCUAUGGUUGGGGGGCACCUGGAAUUCCGCUAUGAAUUGGGAUCAGGUUUAGCCAUUCUACGAAGUGCUCAGCCCAUACAGCUGGGACGGUGGCACAAGGUAUCUGCAGAACGUUUGAAUAAGGAUGGGACAAUGCAGGUAGACAGCAAUCCACCCAUUAAGAGGUCAUCACCAGGAAAAAGUCAGGGGCUUAACUUGAAGACACUGAUGUACCUUGGGGGUGCGGAUGGCUCUGUGGAACUUCCAUCCGCUGCCAAUAUCAGUCAGAAUUUCCAAGGCUGCAUUGGAGAGGUUUCUAUUAACGGAAAGAAGGUGGAUAUAUCAUACAGUUUUAUUGAAAGCAGAGAUAUUGGUCAAUGCUACGAUUCCUCUCCAUGUGACCGAAGGCCGUGUCUGCACGGGGGGCGAUGCAUGCCAACUGGAGAGUAUGAGUACCACUGUUUUUGCCGAGAUGGCUUCAAAGGAGACCGGUGUGAAUCUCACGAAGAUCGCUGUCAAAUAGAUAAUCCAUGCCUCAAUGGUGCCACUUGCAAAGAUAACAGAUGCCACUGCCCAGAAGGCUUUCAUGGAACAUUGUGUGACCAAGGAGCCGCACCAGCAAGUCCAGAUCGAGACUGGCACGUGGAAGGCAGUGGGGGCAACGAUGCACCAGGACAUUACGGAUCCUACUUUUCUGACGACGCUUUUAUUGCCCUCCCGAGACAUAUGUUCCCCAGGAGUCGACCAGAUGCACCUGAAACGAUCGAGUUUGAGAUUCGUAGCACGUCUUCAGAUGGUGUGAUUCUGUGGCAGGGAAUGGCCACCUACCACUCAGAGCAUGAACUGCAUGAUACUAACCAGGAAGAGAAUGAUCAAGGCAGGGGAAAAGAUUUUAUCAGCCUUGGGCUGAAAGAUGGGCACCUUCUAUUCAGUUACCAGCUGGGUAGCGGAGAAGCAAACAUUUUGUCUGAGGAUCCAGUAAAUGAUGGAGAAUGGCAUAAGAUUGUCGCUGUCCGUGAAGGGAAAUCGGGCAGCAUCCAGAUUGAUGGUGAAGAUCUAGUCUCCGGCAGCUCACCUGGCAAAAAUAUAAUGGUGAACACCAAAGGCAGCGUCUACAUAGGCGGAGCACCUAAUGUGAAGAUUCUGACCGGAGGAAAGUUCUCAUCUGGAAUUACCGGCUGCAUCAAAAACAUUGUGCUUCUGAAUGCCAGACCGUCUCAGCAACCGCUGCAGCCAAUUGACUUGAAGCAUCACGCGGAGACGGGGCAGAACACCCGAGAGUGUCCUUCAUAGGCUGGGGCCGUUAACUCACCAGCAUCUCCAAAGCAAUCCAGAGACUUUGUUUUUUAAAAGAGAGAGACGCUGAUAAAAAGGAGAACAAUUGUAAAUGGUGCUUUUGCUGCUACCAAAUAUGAGAGGGUGGCGAUAGGUUUUGGAUUGUGCAUUUCUGUAUUACUCAAGCAGGUCUCUUCCUUUUUAGUUAUUUUUUUACCGUCUUCCUAUUUUCAUGUGUAUUAUUGCUGGAUGAAGGACUAGUGUCUGUUUUUGAUCCAGUUGCUUUUGAGUCCCCCCUCACUAACAUAAUGAACAAAAAGAAAACAA